AUGGACGCUGAAGCUGCCCGGUUAGUGGGAGGCAGCGACGGUCGCGGCGCGGCGGUUGGCGAUCGCAGCGGCGUGUCGGAUGUGCGCGUCUUCCCCCGCCUGCCGCCCCGCGCCGCCAGCCCCACGGCAGACGGCGGGGCUGCCGGCAGGGGCGCCUCUGCGCCGGCGUGCGGCCCCGCGCUGGUGUGGUUCCGCAACGACCUGCGGCUGGAGGACCAUGCAGCGCUGUCGGCCGCAAACGCGGCGGCGACGGCGGUGGUGCCUGUGUUUUGCUUCGACCCGCGAGAGCACGGGCAGGGCACCGCCGGCUGUGAGCGGUCCGGCCCCGCGCGCGCGGCGUUUGUGUGCGGGGCGCUGCGCGACCUGCGUAUGGCGCUGCGGGCCCGCGGGAGCGACCUGAUCGUGCGCGUGGGACUGCCAGAGGAGGUACUGCCGCAGCUGGCCGCAUCGGUGGGCGCGGCCCAUGUCUACUGCCACGGCGAGGCGACCGACGCCGAGCGGCGCGCAGAGGCAGCUGUGGCGGCAGCGCUGCAGCGUCGCGGUGCGGCGCUGGAGGUGCUGUGGGGCGGCACACUGCUGCACCCAGAGGACUUCCCCUUCAAGCUGGGCGCCCUGUUCAGGGCCGGCGCCACCCCGAGCUUUGCUGAGUUUAGGGAGCGCGUGGGCGGCGGUGGCAGAGACGGGCGCGGCGGCAGAAAGGCCGCGCGUUUGGUGGCGGUGCGGGCGCCCCUGGAAGCGCCGCAGUUUUUCAAGGGCUUCCCGGCGGGCUGUGGCAUCACCCCUGGCGAGCUGCCUACCCUGCAGCAGUUGGGCUUUAUUGGCGAAGGUCUCGUCGCAGCGGCGGGGGCAGCACCGGCCAUGGGUGCUGGCCUCAGCAGCAGCGAACAGCGUGUGCUGGAGCGUAUGCGGGGGUUUGACACCGGGCACGGCCGCGGCCCGGCCGCACACGAGCCGCUGACGCAGGCCUUUGUGACCAAGGCCUGGCCCUGGCUGGCGGUCGGCUGCGUCUCGCCACGAACCCUGUACCAUGCGUUUGCCAACCACGAGCGCAGCCAGCACAAUGGCGCCAGACCCGGGCCCGAGCGGCGCCGGAAGCAUGCGCAGGAGGGCGAUUGCGGCGCGUCAUGGCUGAUGUUUGAGUUGUUGUGGCGGGACUUUUUCAGGUUUGCCCUGGCAGCAGCAUGA